AUUUAGUAUUACUCUCAAGGUUCCUGCUACAUUCGAAAAUUUGCUAAGUCGUCUUAUGUCUUAUGUCUGAAGGGUCGUCUAUCUUGUCCUCUGGACCUAAAAGACAAUACGGGACUCUAGAAUCUACGAAUGCCUCACAAAAUCCUCAUAUAAUCUAUAACAUCAAACCUGGAGAUACUCUUGUGUCAAUCGCAGUACAAUUUGGAACAACAGUACAAAGAUUGCGAUGGAUUAAUCGUUUGUGGGGAUCAGACAUCUCUAACAUAGCUACAUUAAAAGUCCCUGUCAAGUCUGAGCCUAGGCGGUUUGUACACCACAAUUCAAUUGAAUUGUCCACAGUCAAAAAGAAAUCUGAGCCUGGUAAUGAAGACGCUCCACAAAUAGCUUCUGCUAGCAUUUAUUUUAAAGAACUGUCAGAAAGGGUUGAAAAGGCUAAGGAAGCUGCCUCCCGUUGCUUAGAAAAGAGCAGCACUUAUUAUACAUUUAUACGAGGUACAAUGCCUGUCUUACUAUUUACUUAAGUAUCUUCUCACCUAUAUACCACCCUUGAACCUUUUUAGGAGGUAGGGGAGUGUUAAAUCUUUAACAUGCCUUCAGUUAUUCGUCAAUAAAUAUCUAUUUGAAGUAGCUCCUAACAAAUUUCCAAAUUUCUACUAGCAGUUCAUUCCAUAUUAACUUUUGUUUAAUCAUAUAUUCGAAACAAAAUGUCAUUACCUUGCAUGUUAUUUAAUUCUAGUUUUCAGAUCGUACUGCACAUAUCUAGAUGGGCAUUCACAUACAUUGAACAAAACCUUCGACUCUACUCACAGAUUCAGGAUUAGUUGCUUUUGAAUUGAAAAACCAAAUAGUACCAUUAACAUUUUAGCUAAUUUUGUCGAGAUUGAUGCGCAGCGUUGGUGAUUUUUAAGAUUUAUAGAGUAUAUUAUGCAUCUGUUGGCACCAACUAAACAAGUUAUUGCUUUUUUAAAUAUUGAUUAUAGACUACCUGAAAUCAUAGCUGACUGUGAUCCCAGUAAACGCGAUUGUUUUCCCGUUACAAGUUUGUCGGUAUCUGAUGAAACAGUGGUCAUGGUAACAGCACCUUCAACUUCCAAACUUAACUCAAUUACUGAUUCUCGAAAAAGAUUUUGUUCAAUCCCAACAAACAGCAUUCACGAUCCAUGCUGAUUCGUAUGUUAGAGUAGAUGAUCUCGUGUAAAAGUCCAUUACAUUUUUUAUAAUAGUGCAAUAACUAUGUUACUUUUGUCCGUCUGGACUGUGAUAGUUCGUUCUUUUUGUCCUUUUUCGUUCGUUUACUUACAAUUUAUUUCGUAUUGUAUAUUUGUAGGGUCUUGAUUUUUAGUAUUCAUUUUAAUUUAUUUUUAAUCUUAAAAUAUUAAAGAUUCUCCUAGUGUAAAUCACACAUGGUGUUAUAACUUAAUUUCCAUCCCGUAUUUCAUUUCUGUUUAGUCUACAUCCAACAAACGUUUUGAUCGACGAUUACCACAAACAUCCUUUUACCAAAGAUGUCAAAAAGUAUUCUGUAUUUGCUAAUCAAAUAUAUAUAAAUGAGCAUCUCUGUUUUUC